AUUGUAAGUUGUGUUUUGGUGAUUAGUAUUUGAACAUUCUUAUUAAACUGUGUCAUUCAAUGACUAAAAUUCAACCAUGAGUGAAACUGAUAAAACUAUGUAUGGUACUACAUUGUCACUAGAGUCUAUUAAGGUAAUAGCCGAAAGUAUUGGUGUUGGAAGCCUUCCGGAUGAUGCGGCAAAGGAACUUGCCGACGAUGUUUCUUUUAAAUUAAAACAAAUUGUCCAAGAUGCCGCCAAAUUUAUGCACCACUCAAAACGCAUGAAGAUGUCUAUUGCCGAUAUUGAUCAUUCACUGAAGGUUCGUAAUAUUGAACCACAAUACGGUUUCGUUUCACCUGACUUUAUACCAUUUCGAUUUGCUUCUGGUGGAGGCAGAGAGCUACAUUUUAUUGAAGAAAAAGAAAUUGAUCUAGCAGAUGUCAUACAAACUGCUCCACCAAAGAUUCCAUUAGAUAUCACACUGCGAGCUCACUGGCUCUGUGUAGAUGGAGUCCAACCAACAAUUCCGGAAAAUCCGCCACCGCUCUCUAAAGACGUCCAAGCACUAGAUUCAGUAAACCCGGUCCAUAAACUUGACAAAGCUCACAUUAAAGAUACUACUGGAAAACCUGCAAUUUGGAAAGCACAAAAGCUAAAAAAUGUCGAGACUGUUCAUGUGAAGCAAUUGGCAACCCAUGAACUGUCUGUAGAGCAACAGUUAUACUAUAAAGAAAUUACUGAAGCCUGUGUUGGAUCAGAUGAAGCUAGGAGAGCAGAAGCGCUCACAUCUUUAGCCUGUGACCCAGGAUUACAUGAGAUGUUACCUAGAAUGUGUACUUUUAUCGCUGAAGGUGUGAAAGUAAACGUGGUUCAAAAUAAUCUCGCUUUAUUGAUCUACCUUAUGAGAAUGGUUCGAGCUUUGCUGGACAACCCCGCAUUAUAUUUAGAAAAAUAUCUUCACGAAAUGAUUCCAUCUGUCUCAACUUGUAUCGUGUCACGCCAGCUUUGCAUGCGUCCUGAGUUGGAUAAUCACUGGGCUCUGCGAGAUUUUGCAGCACGACUAAUGGCUCAGAUAUGUAAGAAUUUUAACACUUCUACAAAUAAUCUGCAAACGCGAGUUACUAGAUUGUUCAGUUCUGCCUUGCAAAAUGACAAAACUCCACUCUCUUCUCUUUAUGGUGCUUUGGAGGGAUUAUCUGAGCUUGGAACAGAAGUUAUAAAGGUUUUUAUCAUUCCUCGAUUAAAAUUUAUUUCUGAACGAGUAGAAGUGCACCUGCAGGGGAGUAAUAUCAGCGCCACUGACAAAAUUGCUGCUGGUCAUAUUAGGGCAAUGUUGCAAAAAGUCUGCUCGCCAAUUCUAAAGAUUCUCCGUAACCAACCAGAUGUUGUAGAAGAGUACAAAAAAGAUUAUGGUUUUCUUGGACCAACAUUACAUCAAGGCGUUAUUAAAGCCAGGACAGCUCCUCCAACUGCACCAGCAUGCACAAGCACCAAUACAUCCGCAAAUGUAUCAAUCGUAACAACAGCAUCGAACACACCAGCCAGACCGCAGACACCACUUAUCAGUGGGACUGGUAGUGGCGUUACCAAAAGUAGCUCAGGGACUCAAAGGCAAAAUUCUACAGGUGGACAACCUUCUACGGGUGGACAACAACAGAAAUAUGUCAUCGUUACGCAGCGCCAACAGACACCGUCUCCGUCACAAGAUGAUUUUUUAGGUAUUAUUCAGCAUAGCCAGAGGUCUAGCGGUAGCUCAGUUGGAUCAUCGCAGCCACCGUUGAUAAAAAUCGAACCAAGUACGCAGAAGGUAGUAUUGCCGCAAGGUCCGGCAGCGAAUGUUAUUACCAAACCGAUAUUUGUUGGUGCAAGCAGUGGUACAUCGGUAACCGGUACUACGCAACCCCCACCGCAACUCGAGCUUGAUGAUUUAUCUCACUUAGCAUAAGUAUAAGCAUGGAAAGUUCAGGUAUGUUUUUACUUAGUUGAACACGGUCAAUCAUAAGACGAAAUAAAUAU